AUGGCAACGGGCAUCGCAGAUUCUAGCACCAUUACAACUAAUAUGGCAACGGGCAUUGCAGAUUCUAGCACAAUUACAGCUAAUAUGGCAACGGUCGUCGUAGAUUCUAGCACCAUUAUAGCUGAUAUGGCAACGGGCGUCGAAAAUUGGAGCACCAUUGCAAUGGAUACGGCAACGUUUGUCGUAGAUUCAAGCGCCAUUACAACUGAUACGGUAACGGGCGUUGCAGAUUCUCGUACUCUUGCAACCGAUAUGGCAACUUUCGUUGGAGACUUCAGCACCAUUACAGUUGAUACGUCAACGGGCGUCGCAUAUUCUAGCACCAUUCCAGCUGAUACGUCAACGGGCGUUGAAUAUUCUAGCACUAUUGCAACUGAUGCGGCAAUGGGCGUCGCAGAUUCUAGCGCAAUAUCAACUGAUACGGAAGCGGGCGUCACAGUUUCUAGCAUUAUUUCAACUUAUAUGGCAACGGGCGUCGCACAUUCUAGCUUUAUUACAACUGGUACGGCAACGGGCGUCGAAGAUUUCAGCACCAUUACAACUGAUACGACAACCUUUUUAGCAGAUUCAAGCAACAUUGAAUCUGAAACUGACAAACCUAACAGGACAACGGACAUGGCAACGGACCUCACAGAACCAGGCAUUAUUGCAACCGACAUGGCAACGGGCCUCAUAGAACCAGGCAUUAUUGCAACCGACGUGGCAACGGACCUCACAGAACCAGGCAUUAUUGCAACCGACGUGGCAGCGGACCUCACAGAACCAGGCGUUAAUACAACCGACGUGGCAACGGACCUCACAGAACCAGGCGUUAAUUCGGACCUCACAGAACCAGGCAUUAUUAUAACAGGUACGGCAACGGACCUCACAGAACAAGACAUUACAUCCGACGCUGCGACGGACCUCACAGAACCAGGCUUUAUUGCAACCGACGUGGCAACGGACUUCACAGAACCAGGUAUUAUUGCAACCGACGUGGCAACGGACCUCACAGAACCAGGCAUUAUUGUUACCGACGUGGCAACGGACCUCACCGAACCGGGCAUUAAUGCGACCGACGUGGCAAUGGACCUCACAGAACCAGGCAUUAUUGCAACCGACGUUGCAACGGACCACACAGAACCAGGCAUUGAUGCAACCGACGUGGCAAAGGACCUCACAGAAUCAGACAUUAUUAGAACCGACGCGGCAACGGACCUCACUGUACCAGGCAUUGUUACAACCGAAAAGGAUAUUGAAUUAGCUGAAUUCGGCACUCGCCUCGUUGACUCGAUUUCGGUUAAAAGUAUGCCUGUCGCAAUUGAGGUUGUCGCUGCUCUUGGUUCCAUGCAAGAUAACGCAUCUAGUCAUUUAAGUUCCUUCACUAGAACUUAUGAUUAUUUUUCAGGAAUCAGCCGCCUCAUUGAAACUGAUAUCACGAAUACUGAAUCGAGUAUUAUAGCGCCAGUUAGUUUAGCUGGAUCUCGGGCCAGAAAUGUAAAUAAAUCAGGCUCUGCGAAAAAUAUUUUAGAAGAAGACACAGAAUCUACCUCAGAAUACUCGGCCUCAAAUAUUGUCGGCGGAUCGGUCCCUAGCACUGAAAUCUUGGAAGAAUAUGGAGAUAGUUUCUCGACUCCAGACGCCCCUCUGGAGUUCAUUGCAUUCAGGACCGCCUCUGGUGCCAGCUCUCUCCAGGUCAAAGCACUCAAUCAGCCUGCACAGCGUCAAAAUAAAAGCAGCUCGGCGAGUGGUGCAUCGUGGCGUGGACUUGUCUAUAGUACUAAGACUGAAGCCACAAUUGGUUCCUACAGAAAUAUUUUAUCUGACUUCACGAAACGAAGCGCAACGGGUUCAACUGGUUUCGUGACUACCACCGAAGACAAUGAAAAUAUGUCUACUACAGAGGCUGUAAUAGGCUUCAAUGGUUCCUGGCUAACUCACGAGUCCUCAACGAAUCUUACUGAUUCCAUGUCUGCUUCAGAGGCCUCAACGGAAUUCCUUGGUUCCACUUUCGUUGCUGAAGUCUCAACGGUUUUCACUGGUUCCACAUCUGCCUCUGUCGCCAAAACGGAUGUCACGGGUUCCAUGUCUGCCCCUGAGGUCUCAACGGACUUCACUGAUUCCACGUCUGCCUCUGGGGCCACAACGGACUUGACUGAUUCCAUCUCUACGUCUGACGCCACAAUAGAUGCCACCAAGUCCACAAUAGAUGACACCAAGUCCACAACAGAUGACAUCAAGUCCACGACAGAACACAUCAAGUCCACAACCGAACACAUCAAGUCCACAACAGAACACAUCAAUUCACAACAGAUGACACCAAGUCCANCCACCACUGACGCUCAGCUCACCACCACUGACGCUCAGCUCACCACCACUGACGCUCAGCUCACCACCACUGACGCUCAGCUCACCACCACUGACGCUCAGCUCACCACCACUGACGCUCAGCUCACCACCACUGACGCUCAGCUCACCACCACUGACGCUCAGCUCACCACCACUGACGCUCAGCUCACCACCACUGACGCUCAGCUCACCACCACUGACGCUCAGCUCACCACCACUGACGCUCAGCUCACCACCACUGACGCUCAGCUCACCACCACUGACGCUCAGCUCACCACCACUGACGCUCAGCUCACCACCACUGACGCUCAGCUCACCACCACUGACGCUCAGCUCACCACCACUGACGCUCAGCUCACCACCACUGACGCUCAGCUCACCACCACUGACGCUCAGCUCACCACCACUGACGCUCAGCUCACCACCACUGACGCUCAGCCACUGAAUGUGUUAUCUCAGCCACUUAAUGCGUUAUCUCAGAUAGUAACACAUCGCUCGGUUACAGUAACUCAUCAUGACUUUGUUUCCGCCAUGCACGCUCCUUGGUCAUCCACUUUGUCGUACGAAGACGUCACUCCGCUGUCGCCUGACAUGAAAAUUAGGGCAAUAUUGCAGCAAAUGUGGGUUUCUUUGCGAUUUACAUCUAAAAUAAUGCAUCUAUCAUGGAGAGAAUGCAAUGUCUCUUCAUCUAGUCAGAUGCACAGCAUCAAACAAAUAAACGCAGCUUUUCGUUGGGCAGUCAGUAAUUUAAUUCAGCUUGGAACUGGACCAGAAUUGAGGUCGGAAAAGUCAUCGGGCGAUGCGCCGUUUGAUCUCGUGCUUGCUGGCGUUGUGUGUUCAAAUGAAACUUUACCGAACUUCAUCUCGGCCAAAGUCAUCCGUCUCGCUAAUCCAAUUUUCUAUCUGACGAUAUAUCAGCGUUUGAUUGCUCAGCUUCGCUUAAUUCGAAGUAAUUUAACGUCUCAAAUUUUACCUGAUAUGAAACUUGAUACAUAUUAUCACGCUGUUUACUACUUUUAUGCCUAUGUCACCAACUUAAAGAGGAUGCUGGCCAUUUACAACAACGGAAUCAAUUUACCGGCUGCAAAUUUAGAAUCAAUGCAAGCUUCCUACUUGCAAAUCGACUUUUUAGUGGACGAGUCACUCGGUGUUCUCACCAACGCAAAACAUCGGCUUGUCAACUUCAUAAAAAACUCAGUGGAGUACUGGAAGCUUGUACGACACGCGGAACUUUUCAGCAGGUUUAUUAAGAAGUUUUGGCUCCCUAAAUCUAUCGCUGAGAAAGUGAGACGACUUCAGCAGCCUAGCUUGUAUUUGGGUGCAGUUGAGGCAUCUCUCAUCGAAACCCUCAGAAGAACAACAUAUCUACUCUAUCAACAACAACCAAAUGAUGAAUCAUGGCUAACCGACGAUUUCAACAAUCAAUUUGUUGCCGUCAACUCUUCGUGCAGUAAAAUCGAUAGAAAAAAAUUGGAAUUGAGCCUGGAGGCCCUCAGUAACGCGUCUGCAUACCUCACCCAAGUCGAUAGAAUUGCAUUGAACAACUCGGUUUCCAAAGAAGAUUGCCUACGCAGUCGACACUUCUACGAAUUCGUCGAGGACACCAUUGACGUCACCACAAGCAUUUACAGCAGUAUUGCCGAGUCUACCAUCUCAACAAUAACUAAUCUCAAUCAAUCAGUGUUGGAUAGAAACCUGAUUAAUUUAAGUGCCGUGUCUGCUUUAUCGCUUAUUUACUGGACCCCCUCAGACCUGAGACAAGCUCUACGCCAACUGUCCUCCUCCCCAGCCCGCACCAGGGCCGCGCUGUCGACCGCAGUGCUGGCGGCGCAGCUCCGACGCGUCGCGUCACAACACAGCGCCGAGUGUCAACCUGGUGAACAAUAUUUAAAUAAUUCAACGAGAUCGACUUUAUUCUGACAUCUCGAGCAUUCGUAAAAUAAUUUGUUGUAUAUCAAAGCUUAUUCAAACUCGAAAUAAUCAAAAGCAACAUGUGCUAAGCACUUCUUGCUUAAAUAGGCAGUGGGAGUUAAAAAAUUUUAAUUUGUAUAAAUCUUGCAUUUUCUGUUUGUAGCUACACGUAAUAAAAAGAAGCGUAUUGA